AGGCGCUCUCAAUUUGUUGGGGGCUUUCCGUAGUUAAAGGGGAAGCCAAGCAAAGCAAAGGCGAGAGACACUGCUCCCUAUCCGAUUCCCACCACCCUCCCCUCCCUCAAAAGAAGCACAGAAAAGGGCAAGAAGAACCCCAGGACGAUAAACCUACGCAGUUCGGCUCAAUGCGCUCGUGAGGAAGCACCACGACGUCUCCUCUAUCGUCCCCAAAACGUCUGUUUUCGUGCGAUUCUGAAGCCUCUGCUUUCGGGAAAGCGUCAUCUUGGCGCACCCUGGAACCGAGUAACCCAGCUCCGAUGAGCAUGGCAUUCCCUGGAUUUCCAGCUUCCCUCUUCCUUCUUCCUCUCAUGCUUGUCCUUUGCCUUCCCUUCUCGGUCUCCCACGCUUAUUCUGAGAUCCAGAAAACGCCGUUACCAGGUGGAGGGCUGCGAGAUGGGUAUGUUCUACCGAGGAGGUAUGCUGCUGAGGUGCCACCUACCGGCAAUCUUACCGUGGAUAACAGCUCUUUCAUCCUGGCUGCGGAUAGGACACACAGGAAAGAUCCUUUGAAUGGAUUCAAGCGUUACACUGGUGGUUGGAACAUCAGUGAGCAACACUACUGGGCUUCUGUUGGUUUUACGGCUGUCCCCCUGUUCGCCAUUGCCUUUGUGUGGUUCCUGGUUUUUGGGCUGGUCUUGUUAUUUAGCUGUUGCUAUUACUUCUGUUGCCGCCGCCGAAGUUACUCAUAUUCCCGCACAGCCUAUGCGCUCUCUCUUGUUCUGCUCAUUCUAUUCACCUGUGCUGCAAUCAUUGGAUGCAUUGUUCUGUACACCAGUCAGGGAAAGUUCCACACCAGCACUUCGAAAACUGUGGACUAUGUCGUGGGUCAGGCAAACUUCACGGUAGACAACCUCAGGAACUUCUCAGAAAGUCUGGCUGAAGCUAAGAAGAUCACGGUGGACCAGGUAUUCCUCCCAGCUGAUGUCCAGAGUGAAAUCGAUAGCCUCAAAACAAAGGUCAACUCUUCAGCAACUGAGCUUGCCAAUCGGACAUUGGACAAUUCCAGGAAGAUUAGGCGUGUGCUAGAUAGAGUGAGACUGGAUUUGAUCAUAAUUGCUGCAGUGAUGCUGCUUUUGGCAUUCGUUGGGUUCUUGCUCUCUAUACUUGGAUUGCAGUUCCUUGUCUACGUCUUAGUGGUUGUUGGGUGGAUUCUAGUGACAGGCACAUUUAUCUUGUGCGGUGUUUUUCUUCUUUUACACAAUGUGGUGGCGGACACAUGUGUUGCAAUGAAUGAAUGGGUCGACCACCCUCAUGCACAUACAGCUCUAGAUGAUAUUCUUCCGUGUGUUGAUGUUGCCACUGCCAAUGAGUCAUUGUAUCGAAGCAGGGAAGUUACCUUCCAGCUGGUUAGUGUUGUCAAUCAGGUGAUAGUCAAUGUUUCCAAUGGGAACUUCCCUCCUGCUUUGGUGCCUUUGUAUUAUAAUCAAUCUGGCCCAUUGAUGCCUACUCUCUGCAACCCAUACACACCUGACUUGAAUAACCGCACGUGCACCCCUGGAGAGGUGGACUUCAACAAUGCAUCACAGGUAUGGAAAGGUUAUGUUUGCCGGAGUGCUGUUGUCUCUGGGUCUGAGAUAUGUACAACCAUCGGACGUGUUACUCCCAGUAUCUAUAGCCAAAUGACUGCGGCUGUAACUGUGAGCCGAGGAUUAUACUAUUAUGUGCCAUUCCUUACUCAGCUAGAAGACUGCAGUUUUGUCCGCGAAACCUUUACUGCGAUACAUGGGAACAAUUGCCCUGGUCUUGAACAGAACAGCAAACGGGUCUACAUUGGUCUGGUUAUGGUUUCGGGUGCAGUGAUGCUGUCCUUAAUAUUCUGGGUGAUAUAUGCUAGGGAAAGGCGCCAUCGCACUUACAACAAGCAGUUCCUUGUGGAGACAGGUAGGCCACAUCUGCCUCUGCAAGAAAAGGUGCCGUAAGUUCAUGCUAUAAGUGAACUUUCUCAUCCGAGUUAGAGUGUUGUAAUUAAAUGCAUAGGGGAUGAAAAGUUCAUGUCGAUUAUGAGGCAACUUUUCAGCUAUCAUUUUAGUUUGACUCAUUUUUAGAGUGCUGAUGCUAAGGAAAGCUGAUACUUUCUUGUUAUGCAUGAAUGUAGAUCUUGGAUGGUAUUGAUUUAAUGUUGCAUUUCCAAGAGGCAAGAUAGUGUAGAAACAUUUGGUCGUAGUGCUAUCAUGCCGGAAUUGGCUCAUUUUUAUGUGAAUUACUAUGUGCAUUCAACGUCUCAACUGAUCUAUGAAAGGGAACAUUUUUCA